UUCAUUCCAUUCAGUCUGUGUAAUGUUAUAGACAACCGACCACCAGUAAAGGUUUCAAAAUUCCUGUUUUGUAUAUUGUCAACAAAUUUCCAUCAGAGCUCUCCGCGUACACCAUGCCGAAGGCCUUGAGUCCCCAAUCGAUGGCCCAAAGCCCACAGAUGGAGACCUUUAAUGUGACCCAGGUGAGCACCUCCGCAUUGGGUAGAGGUCGGGGUGUUCAGCUGCCGCCGUUGUUGGCCAAAGGACAUAUCCAGCCGGAGCAGUUGGCCAACGUUCGGUUCCGGCUGGUGGAAGUCGAUACGCAGCCCCUCAGUGAUCGGCAGUUCAAUGCGUUGAUAAAGAGACUGGUCAAGUGCUUCAUGGCCGAAGUGGAGAUCACCAAACGGCUGCGCAAGAUAUCAUCUCAGAAGUCUGUCCUGCCAGCGAACAUGCAACUUAUUCGGCACAUGGAGGGGCUGCGUCGAAGCUACGAGACCGAGAGAUCUGGUCUGGUGACGAAGCUUAGCCGGGACUGCAGGUUCCGUCCGUAUGCCACUAUUACGGCCCACAGUACAGAGAGUGAAUCAAACACUUCCUGCAAGGCUCGGAAAAGCAAGUCACUGGAGAUCCUUUCUAAAGGCAGCGAAGGGUCAGAAAAAACCGCAGACUCAGAUGCUUCCACCAGCCGGCAACGACAGAGCGGAGGAGUUGAACCGAUCAUCUGUAACCGCAUAGAACCACCUGCGGGUCUUUGCAAGAGGUUGCGGGAAAAGCUCUACAGACUGCAGGAAAUAGCCAAGGCCCAGAUAGAAUCCUCCUCAAGCGACGAAUCUCUAAACACGUCCACUACGUUAAGUUCGUUCGACUUGUUCUAUGACAUGAAGAACUUUUAGGAAUGCAUUGGGAUUCAAUAAUUUGGGUUUACUACUUGGAUUUUCCUGACCAUCGUCAUCAAUAUGCAGUUUAAUUGACAAUAUAGAAAAAAAAACCUGAAACUGA